AUGUCUGAAUAUGAAUUGCGUGAGAUGGUAAAUCUCACUUCAAUUAAUAAUUUUAUUGAAGAUGAGAAAGGUGAGAAGAAUGAAAAUAAAAAUAAUAAUACAUAUGAUGAUGAUUUAGAUUUCGUAUUAUGUAAAGCUUUACUUAAUAUUCUAAGUGAUACAAGUAAUAAUAAUAGUGAAAGCAAUACUAAUAUAGAUUUUAAUCCUGAAA